AUGGAGGCGUCAACCCGCGCCGCGCUGUCGCACGCGCUGCACCCAACCACCCUCGUAUCGGCGCCCAAUCUACGGAGAUCGGUGCAUGUGGCGGCGGCGCCACAGCCUCUACCUCCUCUCGCCGCGUCACGCUCGUCGCGCUCGUCGCGCUAUUCGCGGAAGUCGUCCAAGUCAAUGAUGCCCGUGUCGCCGGGCCCCGGGAUCGCCGCUGUCGCCGGGAAGAAGAAACGGUCGUCUCGCAACCGCGCAGCGUCGCCGCCGCCUCAAGCCAUCUCGCAGUCUCCGAGGAGACCGCAUCAGCACGGACGCGCCACACGCACGCGGCGGCGGCGGCGGCGGCGGCGGAGGCGGGGACGAAGGGUGGAGCAGGUGUACGAGGAGGUGGACGGGCACAUGGUGCCGGCGCGCAUGCUCACGUUCACCAUCGUGGGCGCGUCGGGCGACCUGGCGCGCAAGAAGAUUUUCCCCGCGCUCUUCGCGCUCUACUACGAGGGGUGCCUUCCGGAGCACUUUCAAAUAUUCGGGUACGCGCGCAGCAAGAUGGACGACGCGCAGUUGCGCGAGCUCAUUAGCUCCACGCUCACCUGCCGCAUCGACAAGAGUUCUACUGUGGCGCAUUUCCCCUGCAUCCUCCACCCCCUUCCCCGUCCCCGUCCCGCAACAUCCCCCCCGGCCCUUCGCGCCCGCCACUCUCUCCCUGCUUCUCCCUCCUCACCAUCCGCACAUUCUUUGCCCGACCCACCCAAACGACGACUGCGGAGACAAGAUGGACUUUUCCUGGAGCGCUGCUUCUACCACAGCGGGCAGUACGACAGCGAGGACAACUUCGCGGGGCUCGAUGCGCGCAUGAAGAAACUCGAGUUACUGCUACCUCGCCGUUCCCUUCCGUCGUCACUCGGCUCCCUCGUUUCCUUCUCCCUACCUUACCUCCCUCUUUCACGCAUUCCCGUCGCCCUCACGCCCGUCUUUCUAUCCCCCACUCCCACGCUCCUCGUUUUGCCCUUUCCCCGCAAUCCUCCCCACUUCCCCCCACUUCACUUCCCCCCACUUCACUUCCCCCCACUUCACUUCCCCCACUUCACUUCCCCCACUUCACUUCCCCCCCACUUCACUUCCCCCCACUUCACUUCCCCCCACUUCACUUCCCCCCACUUCACUUCCCCCCACUUCACUUCCCCCACUUCACUUCCCCCCCACUUCACUUCCCCCCACUUCACUUCCCCCCACUUCACUUCCCCCCACUUCACUUCCCCCCACUUCACUUCCCCCCACUUCACUUCCCCCAACUUCACUUCCCCCCACUUCACUUCCCCCCACUUCACUUCCCCCAACUUCACUUCCCCCCACUUCACUCCCCCCCACACCCCAUCACCCAAAUCCUCCCUGCCUCCUCCCCCACGGCCCCCCUCCCCCGCCUGCCUCCCCCCCGGCACUCUUCCCCUCGCGGGGUACAUAGCGGACCGCAUGUUCUACCUCGCCAUCCCGCCCAACGUCUUCGUGCCAGCAGCGCGGUCCGUGUCGCUGGCAGCGUCGUCAGAGUCGGGGUACACGCGCGUGAUCGUGGAGAAGCCGUUCGGGCGCGACAGCGAGUCCAGCGCGCUGCUCACGAAGCAGCUCGGGCAGCACUUCACUGAGGACCAGAUCUACCGCAUCGACCACUACCUGGGCAAGGAGCUGGUGGAGAACCUGCUGGUGCUGCGCUUCUCGAACCUGGUGUUUGAGCCGCUGUGGUCGCGCCAGUACAUCCGCAACGUGCAGAUCAUCUUCCUCCGAGGACUUUGGCACCGAGGGCCGCGGCGGGUUAGUCCAGGGGCGCGUGGGGACGGGGGGUCGGGGGAUGGGGGGACCGGGGUAUGGGUCGAUAGGGAUGUGCAGAUCAUCUUCUCCGAGGACUUUGGCACCGAGGGCCGUGGCGGUGCCUCACUGCUUCCGCUUCCAUGUGCGCCUCCCCCAUCCUCUUCCCUCCUGCCCACUUCCCCCCCUCCCACCCCGCGGUGCAGCUACUUUGACCACUACGGCAUCAUCAGGGACAUCAUGCAGAACCAUCUGCUGCAGAUCCUCACGCUCUUCGCCAUGGAGCCGCCCGUCUCGCUCUCCGCUGAUGAUAUCAUCAACGAGAAGGUGUGUGCGCCCGACGCUCCUCAUGUUGAAUUGAAAAGCCUCAUCCUGCGCUGCCCACUCUCCUCAUGCUGCCGCGCCUCCUGUGUGUCGCUUGUUGCUUCAGCUCUCUGGCUUGUUUUCUCCAGUAUGGUGAAGGUGCUGCGGUCCAUGCGGCAGGUGAAGCUGGAGGACGCUGUGGUAGCACAGUACAAGGGCCACGUCAGCAAGUCCGGCUGCAAGUACCCGGGGUACACGGACGACCCCACAGUGCCCCCCAACAGCAUCACGCCCACGUUUGCAGCAGCGGCAAUGUUCAUCGACAAUGCGCGCUGGGAUGGGGUGCCGUUCCUCAUGAAGGCCGGCAAGGCCCUGCACGACCUCCGGUGUGAGAUUCGAGUGCAGUUCCGGCACGUGCCGGGCAACCUGUACCAGCACAACAUGUUUGGCGUGGACGUGGACAUGGCGACCAACGAGUUGGUGAUUCGCCUGCAGCCCAACGAGGCCAUCUACCUCAAGAUCAACAACAAGGUGCCGGGCCUUGACUUCAGGCUUGACCGCUCGCGCCUCAACCUGCGAUACAUCGACAGGUACCAGCACGAGCUGCCUGACGCAUAUGAGCGGCUGCUGCUGGAUGCCAUGGAAGGGGACAAGCGCCUCUUUAUCCGCUCCGAUGAGCUGGAGGCUGCCUGGGGCAUCUUCACGCCGCUGUUGCAGGACCUGGAGAAGAAGCACCUUGCUCCGGAGCUUUACCCCUAUGGCAGUAGAGGCCCUAUUGGGGCGCAUUACUUGGCUGCUAAGCACAAAGUGCGAUGGGGUGAUCUUUCUUGA